AUGGCACACAAAUGUGCAAGUGCCAAGCUAUUGAGUGGAAUAAUGGCCUUGUUAUUUAAUGGUAAGAGCCUUCUGAGGCCAAUCUGCCUUCACGUACACAACCACCUUGUUAGUAACAGUGAUACCAACAUAGUUUGGCCGUGA